AAACCGGAAAAAGGAAAGGGACAAAAGCGAGAGAGAGAGAGAGGGGCCUCUUCGCAUUUCCCUCCUCACCUUUGGACUUGAACUCAUCGCCACAUUCAUUUUCAUUCGUUUUCUGGGGUUGGUUGAUUUUUGGGAAGACUGUCUGUAAAGAUAGGUUUUGUUGGAUGAUUGUGGCUUACAAGCAGAGCAAUGAGUGACCGUCCAUAUGAACUCGGGAGGCCUGCCUCAGGUAAAAGAAGGUUAAAAGAUUUAUUGCUUAAAAGUGAUAAUCGCACUUGUGCUGAUUGUGGUGCUCCAGAUCCCAAAUGGGCGUCUGCAAAUAUUGGAGUCUUUAUAUGCUUAAAAUGUUGUGGUGUGCACAGAAGCCUUGGUACACAUAUCUCAAAGGUGUUGUCUGUGGCAUUGGAUGAUUGGUCUGAUGAUGAAAUUGAUGCGAUGGUUGAGGUUGGAGGAAAUUCUUCUGCUAAUUCAAUUUAUGAGGCUUUUAUUCCUGAAGGAGUCACAAAGCCUAAACCUAAUUCCAGCCAUGAGGAGCGAAUGAGAUUCAUCAGGUCAAAAUAUGAGCUUCAAGAAUUUUUGAAACCUAGCUUGCGGAUUGCUUCAGUUUCUUCUGGAAAGAGCUCUCUCCAAUCAUCUUUUUCUAGAAAGUUGAUGGAUAAUUUUCGAAGUUCAAACUCACAGAAAUUGGAAGGCAUGGUGGAGUAUAUUGGAUUGUUGAAAGUCAAAGUGAUAAGAGGCAAAAAUUUAGCAGUCAGAGACAUGCUAUCAAGUGAUCCCUAUGUUGUCCUGACACUUGGCCCACAGACUGUCCAGACACAGGUAAUAACGAGCAACUUGAAUCCAGUCUGGAAUGAGGAACUCAUGCUUUCUGUGCCCAUGGAUUAUGGGCCCAUAAAAGUGAAAGUCUUUGACCAUGACACGUUCUCUGCUGAUGACAUAAUGGGAGAAGCCGAGAUUGACAUCCAACCCCUGAUAACAUCCGCGAUGGCAUUUGGAAAUGCAGAAAUGUUUGGAGACAUGCAGAUAGGAAAAUGGCUGAAAUCACACGACAACGCCCUCUUAGAAGACAGCAUCAUAAAUAUUAUUGGUGGGAAGGUGAAACAGGAGGUGCAACUGAAGCUCCAGAAUGUUGAAUCUGGAGAACUAGAUCUAGAAAUAGAGUGGCUGCCUCUUGACCAAUAGGUACAUAUAAACCAUAUAUUCCCCUCCCCUCCCAUUUUUUUUUUUUUUUUUAAAUUUUCUUCCAACAAUAAAAAACUGCAAUUUUCAGAGUGAUAUUGGGAUUGAGUAGCACCACAGACUUGCCCUUCUUUCUCUUGUAUUUAUUCAAUUUUUGUCUCCAGUUAUAAGUACUGAGAAACUGUAUUUUCUGGGCAGAAGAUCAACUAUUCAUGUCCUUUGGGUGUAAUUGUAAUUGUGUAUUUUAUUCACACUUUGAGUCA